ACGCGUUUUUCAUUUUCAGGUAAUUAAAAGAAAGAGUGAAAUAUGCAAGAAGCUGGAUAUCUGAAGUGUAUUAGAGCUGUGGUGAAUACGUUCCUUCAUCAAUUGAUUGCCGUCAUCGCUGUCUACAAUAUUUGGACUCCUUUACUCAAUUCCUCAAGUUUAUUGUCAUGGCACGUUAUUCUUUGCUCUCUAGGGCUGUUCCCGUUGAUGGCAGAAGGCAUGAUUCUCUUUCAUAAGGAUAACGUCUACAAUACAGGAUUGAGUGAAGAGGGCAUCAAGAGAAAUCACGUGAUCGUUAUGGUCGUAUCGGUGGUCUUCAUUUGCGGUGGCGUCGGCAUCGAAAUCGCGCGUCGCGGCGCCGAAGAACAUUUCGUCUCGGCCCACGCGAUUGUAGGAUUACUGUGCUUGAUAAUACUUCUUCUGGCAACGAUAAGCGGAGCGGUUACCAGUAUUAUUCAAGCCCUAAAGACCGACUACAGACCAAUUGCGCUGUUGAUUCACAAUAUCCUGGGUAUCCUCAGCUACAUCUUCACCGUGGCCAGUCUCUGCACCGGCUACUUCAACACUCCAUUCUUCUUCCAAUCGGAGGAGUCCAAGAUCGGAGCGACGGUCGUCUCCGUGGUGAUCUGUCUGUGGUCUCUCGUGUACUCAUUCAUCUCAAUCACCAAUCAAAUAAAACAAAUGAUUAAGUAGUGGGCACUACCAUCCAAUCUAUUAUUUAUUAUUAAUAUUAUUAUAUAUAUAUAUUUAUGUAUAUUUAUAUGUAUGACAUUUCUAAUAAAUACAUACAGCUUAUGAUAUAAUACUCGAUUUCAUUAAAGCUAAACUUACAUAGUUUAAAACCUAAAUCGUGAAUAUAAAUACUAUACAUGUUCCUUUUUUUCGUUUAUUUUGCCUCUCUCUCUCUCUGUCUCUUGAUUUAUUUCAUCUCUCUGAAGGUUUAUUAGAGUUAGAAGUACAUAUUUUUU